AUGGCCGACGGCCCACCAGGGUCUGCGGCCGUGUUCAUCUUUGAGCCUGGCCACCCAGACGUUGAUCGCAACCUCGGCGACGUAAUUGAGGGUCUGCUACCACAAGUCGACACCCUUCCGAAGGAGCUGCGUGGCGCCUGUGAAGAUGCAGUUACCGAAUCGGCGAAAAUCUUUGUGCGCUCGACAGAAACGCGCCAGCUAAACCAUCACCUGCUCGAGAAACGGCGACUUCUUCUGAACUUCUGCACUCAGGAAGGACUGAGCCCGCCCGCCGAAUUGAAAGAUUAUGGGGAAAGAGCUGUCGCAGGGACGGAGGCCAAAAUCAUCGAACGCAACGCUUGUGUAAAGCUCCAGCAGUACCUGAACUCGCGAGGGAAAAGCAAUAUCAAGGAGCCUACGUUGGCUCAGCGACGGAAGGUUCGACACGGGAUUGGGGUCGUGACGGGAAAGUUGAUGUGCAUCCACGCGGAAAUGAAGAAAUUGAGUACAAUGGCCAACCCGCAACUCGUGCCCAAGACGGGCAAAGUACCGGAAAACAAGACGCGCCCCGGCAAAGAGAACGCGACGCACGCGUGCGCACCCGCGCCCUUUAGGAGAUUGGUUGGCCGAAGCCGCACCCGCGACUUCAAAAUGAAGUUCAAAGACGUCUUUCAAGAAGCCGCACGGCGCGAGGCAGCGGGCCGCCCAGAAGGUGUCCAAUGCCAGCGGUGCAAACGAGACGCGUUGGAGCCGAAGGGCGUGAAUUUCCCCGACUACCACGCGUCGAGAUGGAACGAA